AUGAGUUCGUGCUUUGUACCAAACGGGGCCAGUUUGGAGGACUGCCACUCCAACAUCUUCUGCCUGGCUGACUUGACAGGAAUAAAGUGGCGGCGUUUUGUGUGGCAAGGACCCACUUCGUCGCCCAUCCUUUUCCCAGUGACCGAGGAGGACCCCAUCCUGUGCAGUUUCAGCCGAUGCCUGGCAGCAGAUGUGCUGAGUGUGUGGAGAAGGCACCACACCCCGGGUCGCAGGGAGCUCUGGAUCUUCUGGUGGGGGGAUGACCCCAGUUUCGCGGAGCUUAUCCACAAUGAGCUCUCAAGCGAGGAGGAUGGUGAGUGGGAGAGUGGCCUUUCCUACGAGUGUCGGACCCUCCUGUUCAAAGCCAUUCACAACCUGCUGGAGCGCUGCCUCAUGAACCGCGGCUUCGUUCGCAUCGGCAAGUGGUUUGUUAAGCCAUACCAAAAGGAGGAGAGGAUCAUCAAUAAAAGCGAGCACCUGUCCUGCGCCUUUACCUUCUUUGUUCAUGGCGACAGCAAUGUCUGCACCAGUGUGGAGAUUGCUCAACACCAGCCUCUUCAGAGACUCAGCGAGGAGCAUCUCAGCCUGGCACAGCAAAGCUCCAGCCCCUUGCAAGUCAUCCUCAGCCCCUACGGCCUGAAUGGGACGCUCACCAGUCAAGCUUUCAAGAUGUCAGAUCACCCAACGCAGAAGCUCAUCGAGGAGUGGAGGCAGUUUUAUCCCAUUUGCCCUAAUCCGAAGGAGGUCCCUGAAGACAAGAUGGAGGAUGCAGACUGGGAGGAUGACUCCCUGGCUGCUGUGGAGGUCCUUGUCGCUGGAGUUAGGAUGGUUUACCCCUCCUGCCUGGUGCUUCUCCCCCUGUCGGACCUGCCAUCCGUGGUUCCACAGGGCUCAGCCAACAAUCCAGGAAUGCAGAGCGGUGCUCACCAUGGUCAGGCAGCUCACCGGGACUCCGCCAUGUCCUCAGUCACACUGACUCCUCCAACUUCGCCAGAAGAGGCCCACACUGACUACCAGCCUGCCCAAAGAUGGCUGAAGUUGUCUUCAGGGUCUGAUUGCUAUAGCUCUAACAACACUCUUCAUGGUGGGAAAAUCCCCCGCAGGCUCUCCAGCCAGAUGGUGGAAACCGUGUGGCAGGAGUAUAACAUAAACCGUGCAGGGAUCAAGAGGAAGUUUACAACCUUAACAAAUGGAGCCUGUGAGGAAGAGUCAGACAGAGCGGGACUCUGGGAUUUUGUGGAACCCACUAACAGACCAGCUUGCAGUUGUUCGAGGCCCAAAAAUCAAAAGCAGCGAUCCAGCAGCACCUCAGGACACCCGCCAUCAUCGGGCCAGCCCACCCAGCCCGCGGCAAAACAUAAACUGGCCGAGAAGCUGGAGAAGAGCGACAAGCAGCAAAGGAGGCCGCAGACGCCCUUUCACCACCGCAACUCUGUGAGCGAGGAGCAGUCCCUGGAGCCACAAACUCCAAGACUUUGCGCGCGCCCGCAGGAGGAAGGGUCGUAUCCCAGCCUGCACCACAUGGACACGGUGCCCCCUAAAGCCCCCACCCUACACGCGCAUGGCCCUCCAUCGGACCUCGUCGGCUCCCCACCGCCACCCCCUCUCAGCCCGCAUCCCUGUGAUCACGGCGACCUGACGCCAGGCGGCAUAAAGAACGCCUCGACGCCCAUCCACCAACCGUUCUACCCGCCGUCAGUGGAGCCGUGCCUGAUGCCUCAAAAGGGCUUAUCAGAGGAGCCGCAGCCGGAGAGCACGUCCUUCCCCUCAAACUACAGCGAAACCUUAGAGCCCACGGUGUUUGUAGGUUCCGCGGUAAACCCCAGUGAAGAUUCCACUCACAACCCCUGGAAGUAUUUUAACCUCCCCAGGAAGAAAGCCUCCAACUUUUUGACGCCCCAGUUACCAGUUGAUAAAACAGGAGACGAUUCUGGAGGAGGCUCAGAAACAAUGAUCUCCGUGACCGAGCUGAUGUGCAGCUCCUCGCAGCCCCUCAAAGUGUCGCAAGAGCUGAUCAGGACCUACACCCAGCGGAGGAACAGCCAUCUAGGCUCCACCACAGAAGACGGGGAACAUAGAGAGGAGUCGGACCCUUACGCCUUCAUAGACGGAGACGACGAAUUCAGCAUUCUGGAGAAGAGGGAAAAGAUUGGACCAGAGAAGGACAACAAGAAGCAGAAGGUGGACGAUGGGGGAACGACAACAGCUUCAGAUGAUGGUCAAGGUCCAUCAGGCAGUAAACCUUCAGCCUCAACAAGUCUCAUCCAUGAAAAAGAUUUGGUUGUGUCGCUCAGUGACCUAGAAAAAAUGUUUAACUCUGACGAAGAUGAGCAAGAGCCGGGCUCCAAAAGAGCUGGAGCCUCUACAGAGGAUAAGACCAACCCUAAAGACCCCAAACCUGAGCGGUUGGAUCCCCUAUCAUCAUCAGACCUCUCAAUGAUGUAUCCCACCCCGCCAUCCCUGGAUCAAAAUGGCUACUCUCCCGGGAACUCUGGGAUCAAGGACGGCCUGGAGACGGGGUCGGGUCUCAUCCUUCUCGACAGCAGCCAACUCAACAACCACUUCAAGAUCGAGGUGGAGGAGGGGUUCUGCAGCCCAAAGCCAUCUGAAAUAAAGGACUUCUCCUACGUCUACAAGACAGAGACCUGCCAGUCUAUGAUUGGCUGUUCGAUGUAUGCCCCCCUAAAGACUCUACCUAGCCAGUGUCUGUUACCUGUCAAGCUGCCUGAGGACUGUGUUUACACGCCGAGCUGGACACUGGGGAAGAUGGAGCUGAUGCCCCCCGUAUCGACCGUCGGUCUGCUCCCCAAAGACAGUAACGUCCCUAGUGUGGAGCCAGACUACAGCCAACCCUUCACCCCUCAGACCAACACGCCUUUCCUGCCUGGCAGCGCUCCACCCAGCAACAGCGGCCCCGGCAUCCUUCCUUCCCCAGCCACCCCUCGCUUCUCUGUGCCCACUCCCCGCACACCACGCACUCCACGCACGCCCCGCGGCCCGUCCAGCGUCCAGGGCUCACUUAAGUACGAGAACUCGGAUCUUUAUUCCCCAGCCUCCACGCCUUCCACCUGUCGCCCCCUCAGCUCCGUGGAGCCGGCCACCGUGCCCUCCAUUCCUGAGGCUCACAGUCUGUACGUCACCCUCAUACUCUCGGAGUCGGUCAUGAACCUGUUUAAAGACUGCAACUUUGAGAGCUGCUGCGUGUGUGUCUGCAAUAUGAACAUCCGCGGAGCAGAUGUGGGCGUUUACCUCAAAGACAACGGGGAGGACCAGUACCCUUGUACAUGCGGCUUCAGCGCUGUCACCAACCGGCGAUUCGGCCAAUCAGCCGGACUCUUUCUGGAGGACGAGCUAGAUGUGGUGGGACGGGGCUCGGAUGCAGGCCGAGACACUGAGCGACGUUUUGAUGAGCUUAGAGGCAGUCUGAAGGAGAAGCCUCCAGAUGAGCUGAUCCUGCUGCUGCAGGAUCAGUGCACCAACCCACUGGCUCCGAUGGCGGGUAUGGAGUGGCCCAAGCUGAGCUCAGCUCCCAGCUCCUUCCUUAGGGUUGAAGAAAGAGACUGCUAUAAUGACUGCUACAUGGCGCUGGAGCAUGGCAGGCAGUUCAUGGACAAUAUGUCAGGAGGCAAAGUGGAUGAAACACUAGUGAAAAGCACGAGCCUUCAUCAGUGGCCAAAAUGCAAAUCUGCAGACAUGAGUAAGCUAUUCUCUCAGGAUGUUCUGCGGGUGCUGUUGUCGCUCCAACCUGCGCUUCAGGACACCAUUCAGAAGAAGAGUGUGCGUUCAUGGGGCGUUCAGGGACCACUCACCUGGCAGCAGUUCCACAAAAUGGCUGGGAGAGGCUCUUACGGUACAGACGAGUCUCCGGAGCCUCUGCCCAUCCCAACCUUUCUGGUUGGUUAUGAGUAUGAUUUUAUGGUGCUGUCUCCUUUUGGUUUGCCCUAUUGGGAAAAGCUGCUCCUGGAACCUUUCGGAUCCCAGAGGGACGUGGCCUAUGUCGUCAUCUGCCCGGAAAACCAGUCGCUGCUCCGUGGAGCCAAAACCUUUUUUAAAGAUCUAAGUGUUAUGUAUGAGGCAUGCCAGCUGGGGCAACACAAACCCAUCUGCAGGAGCCACCCAGAUGGGGUCCUGACAGUCGGCUCCCCGGAAGGCAGGAGCCUAACGGAGCAGCCCAUCAGUGACUGGUUCCUCAAGAUGGCUGCCAGGGACGGAAAUAAUGAAGCAUUUAAUAAGCUCAAACUUUUUGCUCAAGUGUGUCGCUAUGAAUUAGCUCCAAACCUGUCGGAGCUGUCUUUGGAUAGCUCCCUCUUGUCACAACGCCAUCCCACCAAGCCUGCCUCGCAGACUCCCAACUCUUCCAGCGUCUCCUCAGGACUUCAGAGCACCAACACUACCAGCACCAGCUCCACCCAGCCAGCGCAGGUCAACAGUACCCCUCCCUCCUCUUCAUCAUCAGGCUGUCAAACUAAUGGAAAUAUGGCCUCAGGCAAGCCAAGCUCCUACCUGCCAUUUGGGGCAGGAAGCUUGCAAGGCAGCACUACUCAGAACGGACCUCAGUCAAACUCGCAAAGCGCCGGUGGUCUGAGUGAAAACGGGUCCAGCCAGCCUCAGGUCUCCGCAGAGACACAGGAGAGCACAAUGGAUAGAGACAAAGUGGGCAAGCCGACAGAUGGAGAGUCCCAUGCUGUUUCUUACCCACCUGCCAUAGUGGUCUACAUCGUUGAUCCCUUCAGCUAUGAAACCGCAGACAAAGAGGUCCACUCCAGCACUUACACACUGGGCCUGCUGCGCUGCUACAUGGAGAUGCUCCCUUUCCUACCUGCUCACAUCAGAAACGCCGUCUCCGUACAGAUUGUUCCCUGCCAGUACCUCCUGCAACCAGUGCACAGUGGUGAUCGCCACAACUACAGCCAGCACCUGAAGUCGUUGGCCUUUUCCGUGUACACCCAGUGUCGUCGGCCUCUGCCAAAUUCAACAAACUUCAAGGCCUUGACGGGCUUUGGGCCCGGGCUCGCCCUCGAUAUGGCCCUGAAGAACCCGGAGCGGCCGGAGUGUCUGCGAUUGUAUACGCCAUCUUUCAUCUUGGCUCCAGUCAAAGACAAGCAGACUGAGCUCGGGGAGACGUUCGGCGAGGCGUCGCAGAAGUACAAUGUGCUUUUUGUAGGCUACUGCCUGUCUCAUGACCAGCGCUGGUUGCUGGCGUCCUGCACCGACCAACAUGGGGAACUGCUGGAGACCUGCAUCAUCAGUAUUGAUGUACCCAACAGGGCUCGCAGGAAAAAGAGUUCUGCCAGACGAGUGGGCUUACAGAAGCUGUGGGAGUGGUGUGUCGGCCUGGUUCAGGUGACAUCACUGCCGUGGAGAGUGGUGAUUGGGCGGCUUGGCAGGAUAGGUCACGGCGAGCUGAGAGACUGGAGUAUCUUGCUGAGUCGGACAAAUUUGCAGUCUCUCAGUAAGCGCCUGAAGGAGACAUGUAGGAUGUGCGGCAUCUCUGCUGCCGACACACCCAGCAUCCUCAGCGCCUGUCUAGUUGCCAUGGAGCCACAGGGGUCCUUUGUGAUCAUGCCAGAUUCCGUCUCGACGGGUUCAGUGUUCGGUCGCAGCACCACUCUCAACAUGCAGACAUCCCAGCUGAGCACGCCGCAGGACACGUCCUGCACACACAUUCUGGUGUUCCCCACGUCGGCCAUGGUGCAGGUCAACACUAACACUUCCGAGCCUAUCGACAUCAGCUUCAACCCCAUUAACCCUGACGGCUCUGAAGGGAUGGGUAUUUUUGACUUGUUUGUUGGCGACAUGGAUCCAGAACUCAUCAACAUACUGCCUAACUCUCCAACCACCUCUCCUGUUCACUCUCCGGGUCACCACUACCAUCACGGAGGAGACGUAGGCAAGGGCCAGGGUGCGGAUCGGAUGGAGUCCCAUGAGGAGGCUCUCAGCAUCCUGCAGCAGCCGAUGGCUCUGGGUUACUUCAUUUCCACAGCGAAGGCGGGGCCACUCCCUGAUUGGUUCUGGUCCGCCUGUCCUGAAGCUCAGAACCAGUGUCCGCUCUUUCUGAAGGCGUCUCUACACUUGCACGUGUCGUCCGUCCAAUCAGACGAGCUUCUGCACAGUAAACACUCCCACCCCCUGGACUCUAACCACACCUCUGACGUGCUCAGAUUUGUCUUAGAGCAGUACAACGCCCUCUCCUGGCUCACAUGCAACCCUGCCACCCAGGACCGGCGCUCAUGUCUGCCUGUUCACUUCGUGGUGCUCACACAGAUCUACAACUUCAUUAUGAACAUGCUCUGAAAGUCUUAAAGAGAUCAAACCGCUGAUCGGAGGAAUCGCUAAGGAACGACAGACUUUGUGCUCCUCACACUCCCUUCGCGGGGGGCGGGGUGUAGAGAGAAGGUGCUCUCUUCCUUCUCCCUGGUCGAUUUCUUCAAACGCUGACUGGAAAGUCCCACCUAAUCAAUCAAAUGCCAAGAACACAUAUUAGCAUUUUGGAUGAUUGAGGGAUGUUUCAUAAAGGAGAAAACUUCUUUUUAAUGACAGUAGAUUGCAAUCUAAGAAAUUUUAUCUUAAUAAAAUGCCUGCAUAUAUUAUUUAUUGUAAGUUUUUAAAUGUAUUUGAAUUUUUAAUGCUUAAUAUCUUUUAUAUAUUACAAAUCCUAGAGGGUGUGUACAUCUUGCUGUAAAGGAAUUGGUUUUAAAAAUUGUAAUUUUUUUCUCAAUUAGAAGACGGAAAGAGAGACCUGUUCCAGUGAAUUUGCUGUAGAUUGCUUUUAGAAUCUUAUUUUUCCAAAGGGGGUACAGACCUUUUUAUUGACAUGCUGUAAAAAACUGGUCUGGGCAUUUUCUUUUUUUUUUGUGUCCCACCUGAGUGGAUGAGACUUACCUCUCUGUCUGUCUCUCUCGCACAGUAACUCAAUGAGCUCUGAAGAGGAAUAAAAGGUACAUUGUCAGAUUAUAUAUUUUAUAUAACAGAUUUAGGUAAUUGUGUGUGUAUAUGUGUACAUAUAUACCUGUGUGCCGCUACUGAUGGUGCAGCUUCUGUUUUAGGAAUAAAGUGCGUCUACCU